AUGUCGACCACCACCCGAACCCCCCUGAUCACGGUCCUGGGGUCGCUCAACAUCGACCUCGUCUCCUACGUGUCGCACCACCCGCUGCCCGGCGAGACCCUGACCUCGAACUCGUUCGCCGUCUCGCCAGGCGGCAAGGGCGCCAACCAGGCCGUCGCCUGCGCCAAGCUCUCGCGGCCCCAGGCCACCCCGACCGACCGCCAGCAUGAGACGGCCCAGGUCCGCAUGCUGGGCGCCGUGGGCGCCGACACGUACGGCGAGACCCUGCUGUCCAACCUCUCGGCCCAUGGCGUCGACGUGUCCGGCGUCACGGUGAAGAAGGACGGCAAGACGGGGCUCGCCAUCAUCGUGGUCGACGAGCCCACGGGCCAGAACCGCAUCAUCCUCAGCCCCGAGGCCAACCACGCGCUGCAGCCCGAGCACUUCGCCCAGGGGCUGCCCGACCCCAAGCCCGACCUGCUGAUCAUGCAGCUCGAGAUCCCGAUCCCGACCGUGCUGCAGGCCCUGCGCGCCGCCCGCGAGGCCGGCGUCGACGUGCUGCUCAACCCGGCGCCCGCCGUGCCGCUGCCCGACGACGCCUUCCAGGGCCUGGCGCACCUGGUCGUCAACGAGACCGAGGCGGCCAUCCUGGGCGGCGUGCCCGAGGCCGAGCUCGAGGCCGAGGCCGGCCUGGUCGCCGUGGGCAAGCGGUUCCUGGCCAAGGGCGUGCGCAGCGUCAUCGUCACCCUCGGCGGCCGCGGCGUCUUCUACCUCAACGACAAGGGCGAGAGCGGCCUGAUCCCGGCCGAGAAGGCCAAGGUCGUCGACACCACGGCCGCGGGUGACACCUUUGUGGGCUCGUACGCCCUCGAGGUCGUGGCUGCCAAGGCCAGCGCCGCUGGUGCUGCGGGCUUCGACAUUGCCGCCGCGGUCAAGAAGUCGAACAAGGCGGCGGCCAAGACGGUCGAGAAGCAGGGGGCACAGAGCUCGAUACCGUGGCGGGAUGAGUUAUGA